GAGCCUCGGAGCAGGGCCGACGCCCCCUCUCCCGCCGCCCGCUCCGGCCUCCCUCCCGGCCCGCAAAUGCAGGCCGCCGCUCUCCCGGAGGAGAUCCGUUGGCUCCUGGAAGAUACUGAGGAUUUCCUGGCAGAAGUUUUGCGGAAUGAGAACCUCAGUGCUGUGGCGAGGGACCACGGGGACCAUAUCCUGCGUGGCUUUCAGCAAGUCAGGGCGAGAUACCAAUGGGACUUCCAGCCCCAAGGAGGAGACCUCGGACAGGACAGCUCUGAUGAGAACCACAGCGGAGCCCGUGGGCCAGCGAUCCCUGCAGAUGCAACAUUUCUGUCUGACUACCAGGAUGAGGGAAUGGACGACAUCGUGAAAGGAGCCCAGGAGCUUGAUAACAUCAUCAAGCAAGGCUACUUGGAAAAGAAAAGCAAAGAUCAUAGUUUCUUUGGGUCGGAGUGGCAGAAACGCUGGUGUGUCGUCAGCAGAGGCCUCUUCUACUACUAUGCUAAUGAGAAAAGCAAACAGCCCAAAGGGACCUUCUUCAUUAAGGGCUACAGCGUCCGGAUGGCGCCGCACCUGCGAAGAGAUUCCAAGAAAGAAUCUUGCUUUGAACUAACCUCCCAGGACAGGCGCAGCUAUGAGUUUACAGCUACUAGUCCAGCAGAAGCCAGAGACUGGGUGGAUCAAAUAAGUUUCCUGUUAAAGGAUCUGAGCUCCCUAACCAUUCCCUGUGAAGAGGAGGAAGAGGAGGAUGAGGAGAAAGGAGGAGAAGAGGAAGAAGAGGUGGAAGAGGAAGAGAUGUAUGAUGAUAUUGAUGAUUUUGAGUCUCCAAAUGCUCAUUCCCAGCGCAGACCCUCUCUCCUGCCUGGAGGCGUGGCACUUCCCGAGCCUACCAGGGAGAAAGAAGAAGACAUUUAUGAAGUCUUGCCAGACGAAGAGCUUGGCGUGGAGCGGGACGAGAGUGACACCGGAGAAAUGGCAGUGGACUAUGCCAGUUACUACCAGGGCCUGUGGGAUUGCCAUGGUGACCAGCCAGAUGAACUGUCCUUCCAACGGGGUGACCUCAUCCGCAUUCUAAGCAAGGAAUAUAACGCAUGUGGCUGGUGGGUAGGAGAGCUCAACAACCUCAUCGGGAUCGUGCCAAAGGACUAUCUCACCUCUGCCUUUGACCUGGACGAAAGCUGAAGCUCAGGCAGCAGUCCACCAUCCAUGAGCCGCCCUUCUGGGAACAUUCUCCCCUCCACCCUGCCUUUAUAAAGAAACUGAGCAAGAGCUUCAACGCCCUGCUGCCACCACCCCACCACUGCCACCAAGACACCCAAGUGGCAGCCACCUUGCAGGGAUUGCAAACCACCAAAGAGACAAGUGGUUAGAGACACACUCCCCAAACCUGUUCCUGACCCUGCCUGGUCUUGGCACCCUUCCCACGCAUCCACACACCUGACCGAGAGAAGGCGCCCAAAAAACCAGAGGAGGAGGAAGUUCACUUUUGGCGUUGGCUGAUUGGAAAAGCACAAAUAAACUUUGGAUUUGAUUCUUU